AAAAGACAUCAGAAUGGAGUGGAGUGUGGAGUGGUGGUAAACGCUACAUGAAAUUUCGGCUUAAGCUCUCUCUCUGUCGAGCACGUUCGUGUGCUAGCCGCAUCCUGGUGGGAAUCAACGGGAUAGAACAUUUUUCUCGUGGAAAAUGAGUCUUGGCAAGAUGUUGACGACGAACGCGAAAAUAAUCAAGGGCAACGGGGCCGAGCCCGACCAAUUCGAGGUUAGCGUUUCCCAGGCCCUCCUCGAGCUGGAGAUGAACAGCGAUCUGAAAUCGCAGCUGAGGGAACUUUACAUCACCAAGGCGAAGGAGAUUGAAACGAAUAAUAAAAAGUCAAUUAUCAUAUACGUGCCAAUGCCAAAGCUGAAAGCAUUCCAGAAAAUUCAGACGCGACUGGUACGUGAAUUGGAGAAGAAGUUUUCUGGCAAGCAUGUGAUGUUCAUUGGCGAGCGUAAAAUCCUGCCCAAGCCGACAAGGAAGACGCGAACCAAGAACAAGCAGAAACGUCCCAGAAGCCGUACGCUGACGUCAGUUUAUGACGCGAUAUUGGAAGAUUUGGUGUAUCCUGUGGAGAUUGUUGGCAAGCGUAUCAGAGUUAAGCUCGAUGGGUCGCAGCUUAUUAAGGUGCAUCUCGAUAAAAAUGAGCAAACGAAUAUCGAGCAUAAGGUCGACACUUUUGCGUCAGUAUACAAGCAACUGACUGGCCGGGACGUCACGUUCGAGUUUCCGGAAUCUUAUGUAUGAUAAAAUCUAAGAAAAAUAAAAGUAUUUUAAUCUAGAA